AUGUCAGCCAACUUAUUCCUUCUCACCUACCCGACACGAGCCUCACGCAUCAACGGCACACGCACCCACUGGGCGCUUUUCAUUCCAUCUUCCACAACUCAAACAGUAGGGACUCUCAUUCAGGUCCUCGGCACACCUUUCACUGGAUACGGUCUCGAGUUCAAGCGGAAUUACAACACCUCAACCAUCUCGGAAAGAUUCACGCAGCAUCUUCUCGGAGAAAUAGAUGUUGAAUUCGCACCGCACGAGGAAGACGUUGGAACGGCUAGCACUAGUAUCGACGUCAACCCACGCAACGAAAUUGAGAAGGUCGCCAAAAGAGUUGAAGUACCGGGAGUGAGCAAGGAGCCUUUGAAUCCAAAUGUAGGAAGGAGGUGUCAGGAAUGGACAAGAGAAGUGGUUGAAGUUUUGAUCACCAAGGGCAUUCUCCGUGACGAUUCUUGGCAGGUGCUAGAUUCUGUCAAGUCAUUGGAAAUUCCUUCAGCAGGUGCCGUAGCCACAUCUUCGGGAUAA